CGAGGAGAGGCAGCUCCUCCUGCUGUCUCUCUGCAGCUACUUUGGCUCAGGCCCCGAGUGGCAGCAGGGCCCAACAAGGCCGUGCGCGCCGCGCCAGGCGGCGGCUCCCAGCGCCACUCCCGAGGCCCCGCUGGGAUGCUCGUCUUCCCGCCGCCGCUGGCCUCUCCCGCGGCGCGGCCCAGGGCCGCCGACGCUGGGAGGGCGCCCUGCACGCCGCCCGCCGCGCGAAGGAUGCAUGCCGAGGCCCCGCGUCCCUGCGCGGUGCUCCGCGGCGCCUGCGCGGUGCUCUGCGAGGCGAGCCGUGGCGACGCGGGCUCCGAGAGCACCACCGCGGGGUCCACGCCGGAGCCGCCGGGCGCCUUUGCCUUCUGCGGCGCGCCGCGCGAGGGCGUGCCGCGCGAGGGCGCGGGGGCGCUGGCGCCUGCGGCGGCGCAGGGCGCCAACCGGCAGAGGCCUCUGUCGCGCCAGGUCCGCAAGCUCUUUGUCGGCGGCGUGCCCCAGGAGAUGAACGAGGGCGAGCUGCAAGGGCUCUUCGCGGAGCACGCACCUGUGGAGCGCGUGUGGCUCCAGAGGCACCGCGGCGACAAGCAGCGCAAGCAACACCGGGGCUUCGGCUACGUCGUCUUCUGCGAGCCCGACGCCGUGGAUUCGCUGCUGGGCGGCCAGUUCUCCAGGUUCCUGGAGGGGGAGGGCUUUCGCCUCGAGGCGAAGCGCGCCCUAAGCAACCUCGAGAUCCAGAGCGGCCUGCCCUGGAGCCCGGAGCCCCGACCGCCGCCAGACGUCGGCGUGGUCUCGCCGUGCCCCAGCCAGCCCUGGCAGCGGUGCCUCGCGUGGAACCCCAAGGAUGGCCUCGCGAGCACCCCGCCCCUGGCGCAGAUGGUGGGCCUCCUCGCCCCGGAGUGCCUCGGGGAGCCCGGCGCGCCGCACGCCCUCCUCCCGCCGCUGCCCGAGAGGCCAGCGCACCUCGGCGCCAUGGUGGCGCUGUGCGCCGCGGCGCACGGCGGCCCGGAGGCGCUGGAGCGCGCCCUCCGGGAGGCCACGCCGGACCACUACGAGGACUGAGGCGGGUGCGGGGCGGGGCGAGGCGUGCCCGCACCUUUGCGCCGCGGAGGCGGGCGCCCGCCGCCUCGUCCCGAGCUGCCCGCCGGCAUGCGCAGGAGCGGGCCCCUGCGCCAGAGCGCCCCUCGGUGCGGGCCUCCUCCUCCUCCGCCGCCAUCUUUGUACGCAUCUGCUCCUUCUCCACCACCUCCUCCUCCUUCUCCUGCACGGGCUGUGGCUAAGAUCGCGGCAGUUUUCCAUGCGACUUAGAGCGUUUUGUUACCGUGUCCAGCGGUGGGCCAGAGCGACCGUCUCGUAGGCUCCUCCUCCUUGCUCUUUCCUUGCCACCCUUGCCCGGGGCCGCUCGUGCGUGUGGCCGCGUCCUGGCUCCGACCUGUGCCUCCCGAGCGCCCCAGGGCUCGUCGCGCCGCGCCGCCCCCCUCGCCCCUGUGGGCGCCAGGCUUGUCGCGCCUCCGGGGGCGAACCCGCGCGGCGCGCUCCCCCGGGCGGAAUGGCCUCUGGGGGGCGGGGGCCUCUGCGGUGGAUCCGCCUCGCCCCGCCCCCCGAGGCGCCAUGCGGUGAGGGAGCCCAUCGAUCUGAGGAGGAAUAUGACGAUGAUGGGCUGCACGCGAAUUCGCUGGCGUGGCAAUAGGUCGCGUGCCAGUCCUGAAGAGGAGAGCAUUCGCUCUGGCUCCGGCCGAGCGCGUAGGCUGGCUCGAAGUCCUCGGCAACCGACGCGCCCCUUAGCUUCCUCGCUCCUAAUUCCCUCCCUCCCUCCCUCCUCCCUGCUUCCCUCUUCCUCGCUCCUCCUCGCUUCCGCGCUCCUCGUCUCGUUUUCGCUUUCUCCCCCUUCCCCCUCGUC